ACAAUAUGUCCUCUUCCAUCCCAUUCCCAGAUAUCAAUCCAUACUUGGAGCUCGGACUCGAAGACUCACGGGAGGUGACACCUCAGCAGAUCCGCACCACGUACAAAAAGCUCUGCUUAAAGUAUCACCCCGAUAAACUCGCCCAGAGAAAGGUCAGUGAGAGUGUCGAGAAAGAAACGUUUGAGCGGAUCCAGUUCGCAUACAGCAUUUUGAACGACAUUACCAAGCGAAAGGUCUUCGAUGAAACCAAGUCGGUGCGCUCUGUGUUCGAUGCCGAGUUCUCUAAUGAUAACGACACGGUGCAGUUCUGGAGGGACUACUUCCGCGACAUGAGAGACGAGGUAACGGUAGAGUUGAUAGAGGAGGAUAGGGCAAAGUACCAGGGCUCCGAGGAAGAGCGCACGGAUAUUCUCAAGUCUUUUCUCUACUACAACGGGGACUUUCUCAACUUGUUUGAGGUAAUUCCCCACUUGGAGUUUACGCGUGAGGAGGAGACCAGAGUUUACGAUUUAAUCGUGGAGGAGAUUGCAAAUGAAGACUCGGUCAUUGACACGGACGAACCGCUUAUCCUGAAAAAGUGGACUCACUACAAAAGGAACAGGCUGAAGUUGGUUGCGCGGGAGUUGAAAAAGGUGGCCAAGGAGGCUAAGGAACUGGAAGCGCUCCAGGCAGAAUUGCAGAUCAACAAAGGCAAAGUAAAGGUCGAUAGUGAGGACGCUUUGAAAAAGUUAAUCAUGAGCAAGAAGCAGACCAGUUUUGACAGUUUGAUCAAUAAGCUCGAGAGCAAGUACGGAGGCAAGGAAAAAAGCAAGAAGAGAGCCAGAGAGCUGAAGGAGAGUGAGCUUGAUGACGAUGAGUUUGAGCGCAUUCAACGGGAGAUGCUCGCGAAGAGUGCAAAAGGCCCGCAGAAGGCAAAGAGAGGUUAGACCGAGGGCUAUUUUUCCGAUCUUGUGCCCCAGGAAUCGAUUCAACCACUUUCAUUGAUUUUAAUCCACUAGUGCUAUAAAUGUAUAGUCUUAUGACCUAAGGUUGGUGGGCUUGAUCUUCUCAACCAUUUCAUAUUUAGCUUCAAU